AUGUAAUGUCUAAAUGGAAUUGUACAAUUUAAUUUAAAAAAGUCAUUUUUUGAAAUAUAUAGGUGAAGAUCUUACAAUCCUUGAAAAUGGUCCCAUAUAUCCAUCAAAAAUAUAAGCAAAUAAUGUUUGCACAUAAUUUGUAUGACAUGGCAAAUUUUCAUAAUAUUCUGGUACCAUUUUUCUUAAUAAUGGUAAUCUAGUCCAUGGAAUCAUUGGGAAAUCAUGAUGUUCUGUAUGAUAUCCAAUAUUAAGAACAAAGAAAUUAGCCCAACCAAUAUAAUCAUAUGUUUCCAUUCUAUUAAUAAAUUCAUAAUGUUCUGCUAUUAAGUGAACAGCAAAAGGAUGAACACUAAAUAAAUAAAGAUUAAUACCUUAAUCCAAAAUAAGUAGAAAGUAAAAGCCAAUAUAGAGCUUAUACUCCUAGAUAUUGGAUUAUUAAAUAAUCAACAAAGAAGACAGAAACUAUGUUAAUUAUUUCAUAAGCAUUUGGUAUAAGUGGUCUAACAAUGAUUGGUCUCAAUCCAUAAAAUAAGGGAAGGCAAGCCACAAAUAAAAAUUUCAUUAUUGGUCCUUUAAUAUACUUUAAUUCUAAUCUUGAUGGAAGAUCAGGGUCUAGUGUUUCCAAAUUCAAAAAAGUAUGAUGAUCUGCAUGAUAUCUAAUCAUAUUUAAAUAUAUGUAUUCAUUACCUACCAAAUGUAAUGGCUGAAGGAACUCCUUAUCCAAAGUUAGCCCAUAUUGCCAUCAAUUUAUUCAACGGUAUACUUUCAAAACAAGU